UUCCGCUUCUCCCACUCCUCCCUGCUGCCGCAUCAGGAUUCUGUUACAGAUUAAAUAAAGCCAUGGAUCUGAAGUACUACAGCUCUUAUGACAUGUUGUGGGGAACCCUCGGAACGGUGCGUCCUUUCUCCAAUUUCCACCCCGACAGAGACGCCGUGGCGAUCCAAGCAGCGGUGGACAGCAAAGACACGGUGACUCUGGUGAGGAUCCUGACCAAUCGAAACAACGCCCAGAGACAAGUGAUCGCUCAGACCUUCGAAGAGCUGACGCACAAGGACCUGGCAUCGUCCUUGAAGAAAUGUCUGUCUGGAGAUGUGGAGACGCUGCUGCUGAGCCUGCUGGUCCCUCCUGUUCCGUACGAAGCUCAGCGACUGCAGCAGGCCAUGGCGGGUCUGGGCACGGAUGAGGAGGCCCUGAUGGAGAUCCUUUGCACCAGGUCUGGAAAGCAGCUCGAGGAAAUCAAGGCUGUUUACAAAGAGUUGUAUAAGAAGGACCUGGCCAAGGAACUGAAAGGGGAAACCAGUGGAGACUUUGAGAAGCUGGUUUUAGCUUUGCUAAAUAAAGGCAAUGUUGCUGGUGUGGUUCAAAAAGAUAUCGAGCUUCUCUCUGCAUCUCUGAAUGGGAAGAAAGCUGAGGCCGGGCCGUGGAUCGACAUAUUGACCUCCAGAGACUCGGAUCACCUGAACAACGUGCUGAUGGGCCUGGAGAUGGAGACCGGACAGACGCUGGAACACAUCCUGGAGAAACGCUUUACGGGAGAUUUCCGACUGGGUUUGAGCAUUUUGGUGCAGUGCAUUGAAAACCCUGCUGCCUUCCUGGCCAAGAGGCUUUCCACAAUGAAGACGCCGGUGGUUCAUGGGAUCAUGGUGUCUCACAGCGAGGAAGACCUCCUGUGCAUCCGAGUUGCGUUCCUGAAAUUAACAGGCACCUCUCUGUAUUCCGCUCUACAGAAACACUUCAAACAAGACCAUCUACAGGCUCUGCUCGCCAUCUGUCGAUCUGAAGACUGAAAAAACACACAUUUUCUUCCUUGUUUCAUCUCUUUUAUAUCACCCUGUUUCACCCAUAAACAGUCUAAUAUAAUGUAACGAAUAUUAACCUUUUAAUAAACUGCAUUCUCAUAUCAA